AUGGAUACACCCCGAGUUCAGGUAGACGCGCCGGAGGUCGCUCAGGCUCCUGAGAGCACCCUAAACACUGAGACUCCCGAUGUGGAUAUGAAUGAGACUCAGCAGGGCGCGAUGAAUGAAUCCCAAGCAGACGCGACACAACAGGAUAUUUCUCUGCCUGACGCGCAGCCAGCUAGUUCAGCACCACCAGAGGCGCCGCAACCUCCCAAGAAAAAGCCGGGCCUUCAUUUUCUCGACUACCUGACGUCCCCCAUUGUGGAACUCAUCGUCGGGAAGGACGAGCACAAGACUUCCUUAACCGCGCACCAGAGCUUGUUGUUGGAAUCGCCAUUCCUUGCUCAGGCUGUCGCCGCAUUCAGCGAAUCAGGUCCCCGGCGUAUUGAGCUUCCUGAUGAGAACGUCGAGGCAUUCGGUUGCUUCCUACAGUUCCAGUAUACCCAUGACUACUCCGCAUCCCCCGCCGAUCUAUCCGCGGAGCAAGACGUUGUAGGGGAACUGGAUGACAGCGGCGAGCUCUUGUUGAAACAUGCGCGUGUCUACACUCUAGCAGAGAAGCUCGGCGUGCCUGCGCUCAAGAGUCUGGCACACUCGAAGAUCCACCGUAUCAACAGUACCUCUCACGGAGAAAUCGCAUACGCGCGUUAUGUCUACACGCACACACCGGUCGACGACGUCACUAUUCGAAAGCCCGUUGCCUCCUUCUGGGCCACCAGAAGCCAUGUGCUGCGCCACGAGGCUGAAGAUGAGUUCAAGAAGCUGUGUCUUGAAGUGCCUGAGUUCUGCUUUGAUGUACUCAAUCUUGUUCUUGACCAAAAAGAGAAGCGUGCCCAGGAUCGAGCAGAGACAGAAUCGGGCAUCAAAGGCAGUGGUAGGAAACGUCUCAGGAGCGGUAUCUAG